UUUCCGGAGGCCGCCCUUUCUUGAUGCGGGAGGUUCAAACUGCUACCUCCCUGUUUUGUUUUGUUUCCUUUUGCUCCUCCGGCUCGCCGCUGCUUCCCCAGCUGCCAGGACUUGAGCGGGCGCCUCAGUCGAAACACUUCUUGUGUCCAUGUUCUUCCGCAGAUGAGAUUAUUUUCUUUCAUCGAGAAAUAACACUCGGUAGUUACUGAUUCCUGAAGUAACCCUGGAGAAGCAGUCACGGACGGUAUGGUCUGCCAUUUGGACAAAAUAGAGGUCGGCCAGAGGCCUUGAUUGCUCUUCUCUCGAUGUGGAAAACAGCUUCACAGCCUAGAACUACCCUGUGAGUGUCAGAAUUGGCCGUAGUCUGCAUGAGGGCGUGUACCCGCCCGUCUCUUCCCCGGGUAACCAGACACUGUAUUUUGAAAAGCGAGGUUUUAAUAUGCAGAACAGACGAGGUUUUCCAGUUCGUUAUACCAGACAUGAUGUGAUGAAUAGUGAGAAUGCAAACAGGAGUAAAACAAUGCAGAGGAGGUCACAAAGAUGGAUUGGUACCAGAUUCUGGUGUCCUGUGGUAGCACCAAGAAUUUUAAACACUACACUCUCCUGUGUAUGCUUGAUUAUUUAAAUAAUAACAAGUGAAGUUGUUAUAUGGGAGAUGCAAAGGCGGUGAUCCCAUUUCACAGUCUGGUAUCAGAAAAUACAAACUCUUUCAAUAAUGUGUCAACACCUAUUUUCUCUUAAAAUACCAGGUAAAGUAUGUACAGGUGUGUGUGUGUGUGUGUGCACAUAUUGACAUAGUAUUUGUUUAUUGACAUUUAACAAGUUUGUAAACAGGUGAUAUACAGCAGUUAGUUUGGUCUAAUUUGUGGGAAUUUAACUGACAGGAAUAUAGAGAUACAUUGGAGAGAGAAGAAACAGGAGAAUGAGCUUAGUUAUAAGAAUUGAGAGGUGAGCUUCCAACAAAAGGAGGUAAAGGAUCAAAUUCAAGCAAGAUUUUGAAAAAUCAGGAGCAAGCUAGUUACAGGAAGAAAGCAUUGAGAAAUAAGAUGUAUCAUUAACUCAUAUUGCAUACUCAAAUGUAAGAAAAAUGUAAAUGUUCACUUUCUCAUUAUUUGAUGAAAGUAUAUUUGCCUAACAUUCUUUGCCUAAUACUUUUAGGUCCCAGUGAUACAUUUGUGAAUAAGACAGGUGAGGUCCGUUCUGUUUUUCUAUUCUAGUGGGAGAAAAUAAAGGCAAAUAAUUUUAAUAAAAAGUAAUUCAAGAUGUGAGGAUGGAUUGAAGACACUAAAUUAACUGCUUCUUUAUGCCAGACUGGAGACCAGUAAAUUGUUGCAUUUGUAUUUCUUCAAUGGUCUUUUUCCUUAGAGUCAAUUGUUGCUUUCGGCCAGUCUUUCGCAGGUGUUAAAACUGAUUUUCUGCAUUAUUUAAUUUUUAUUAUGAUGCGUAAGUGCAGGCAUGCGCAUGCGCGCUCUAACUUUAUUCUAGCUUUCCACGGUGAAUUCCAGGGACACAACUCAGUCCAUCAUGCCGGCCUGCCUGCAUAGCAAGUACCUUCACACACUGAACCAUCAUACCUGCCCAAAUUGCUAUGUUUUUCUUACCAGAUAUAACUGGUUUAUCUGAAAUGAGAUCCUGAGCAUACAAUAUACAAAAAUUAGACUUGAGGAACAGUAAAACCACAAAACUUAGAAGGACAUUUGUGACUUUGUGAACUGUCUUCUCCUUCCAGGCUAUGUUUUAACAGCGGAGUUAGACCUGGGUGUUACUCAAGGCAUUUUGUUAAGGAAGUUCUUUUUAGAUCACCGAGUCUGUGCUGAAGUGUGGCACGCCCAGACGCAGCCAUGGCAGCUGAAGUGCGCAUGGUUCUUUAUGACGAUGACUCGGUGCAGGUGCAGUAUGCCGAUGGCUCCACACUGCAGCUCUCGCCCUGCGGCUCUGAAUUCCUGUUUGAAAGGGCACCUCCUCCUUCAACACACCCCCUAGCACAGCCAGAGAGGAUUCGCCAACGGACACACUUUGUCAUCAGCACCUGCCGAGAGCAACUACGGCGAGCCCUUGAUUUUCGAAACUCUUCAGCUACAUGCCCUUUUUUGUCGGAAAGCCUCAUACCUCCUGAAAGAAAAAAGCAUAUCUUCAUUGAUUUCUCAGAAGUAAAAUGGCCUAGUCUUGAUAGAAAUGACAGCAUCACAUAUUCAGAGAGUGGCGCUGUGAAAAUAACAUCACUAGAUGGACGUGCAUACCUUUGCCUGCCCAGAUCUCAGCGUGAAUUUACAGUACAUUUUUUGUGUAAAGUGAGCCAGAAGCCAGAUUCAUGUGUAAUACUAUCCAAAACAAAUAAUCGAGUCCCAAAAGAUAAACUAGUUGGAAAGACCAGCAAAAUCUGCACGUAUGGAAGUGUAUCAGGACAAAGGUUAAAGAAUAAAGAAAACGAACUUUGUUACCAGAUCUUGAAGUCUAAAGAAGCUUCAGCAAGCAUAUGCUGUGUACAUGGAGCUGAGGGGAGAGAGGAGCUGCCUUCCCCAGGUACAAAACAUGGAUGCGUGUACACAUGGGUGAAACAGAGUUGGUCUGUUGCCUCCUGCCCAGAACAGUGGAGAUACCCCCUGUCUUUAGCACUUCGUUUCUACAACCAAGGUAGCAUUGUGUCUGAAACUGAUGCAGAUUAUCCUGCAAGUGGAAAUGUAACUUCUGACACUCCAGAAGAAAGCGGAAAGGAGGUUUCUGUCCUUCCCAAGGCCCUGUUCCUCAGCUGCCCUGCUCCACACAUGCACAGGUGGAACUUCUGUGAUUCACUGUUACAAAGACAGUCUGAUGAAGAAGAGUAUUCCUAUCCUGAGCUUGUGAAGGUGGUGUGGAGUAAGGGUGUUACUUACAGGCUUACCCAUAAAAAUGUAAAUUCGAUAGAGAUUUAUCCUGGAGAUGGAUCGGUUUUCAAGUCAGAAGGAACUUAUUUUGGUAGCUAUUUUACAUAUUAUUCAAGUCAAGAAGAAUCAGAAAAGAGAGAAGAGAAAACUUAUUCCAUAAAUAACCUCCCUCCAGACAGACCUGGGAGCCUCUUCUCUGUACGUUCUGUGAUUAAGCAGGCAACAAGAAUUCUUCAGCAUUGUGCCAAGACAAGGCUUUCACUAAGCCACAACUAUCAUGUCUGCUGCUGGAAAAUGGUAUCUGAAGUAAAUGUUAACAAUACUCUGCCCGUACUUCUGAAGGAAUCACUCAUACCCAAUGUGGGGAGAUUUCUUGCCUACUCUGAUGACAAAGUUCACGCUGUCUUUUUAGAUGGCGUCACUCUAACAUUGAAUUGGGAUUUCAGCUCCUUAGCUGAAAAAGGACAAGUAAAUGAAGGUCUCAGCUUGGGUUGGUGCAGAUUAACAUUUCCUGAGGGACAGGAUCAGUUAAUUCAAACUGAGCGUCCUGGAGCAUACAACAGAUAUGUGACAGCAGUAACGUCAUGGUGCAGAAGACUGACCCAGACUAGUUCAAGACAGGUGCCCAAACAUCUGUCACCUGUUCACAAAGAAAAUUGGUCUGUUGCUUCUGAGCUUGAGAAAAUACAGAAAUUUAACUGGCUCCUGGAAAACAGUGGUGUCCUCCAUUUGACUUCUAGCAAGAAAAACGAACAGUGUUCUGAUGACUGGACGUCCGGAUCUUCAGAAACCUUGCUAGAAGCAACGAAUAAAGAGAGUGUAUCGGUAGCAUUGAAAAGAACUUCUGAAAUCCUUCAGGAUAUUGACUAUCUCCUGUCAAACUCGAGAAAGUGAAAAACGGAAUUAUUGCAACACUAAAUCUUAAGGAUGUUUCAAAUACUAGUAUGAAAUUGCUAGUAACCCAAGGAAUUCCAAAUGUUACUUCUGUAGAAUGUACAGAACUGAUUUACCUUUGAUUGUAUUUUACCUAACUUGUAAAUGUUAAUGUGUGUGUGUGUGUGUGUGUGUGUACAUUUUUAAAAUAACUAUUUUGAAAUUUUGAA